AGUUUUAACGGGUUAACACAGUGGUGUCAGUCGCUUGCGAUUACUCGCCGUGAACGGUCGGUCAUUCGCUCGGUGCUAAACAUAAGCAGUCGCCUCCACACAAACGAUUCGGCAUUGAUUGAUUUGCGUGCAGCUUAAAAAUAAAUUAACGAAAAAUUAAUUUCAAAACAACAACAAAAAUAAUAUUCAAACACAAUUUUUAUUUCGCUGGAGCGCGUUUGUUUGUGCAUAUUUUUCCGUACUUUGCAUAGCUUUGCUGUUCGAGGGCGCGCGAAUUUUCGAAUUUUGAGCGAGCGUGUGUGUGCUUAGUAUUUAUGUUAUGUCGCGAAUUGAUUGUUUGUUGAAAUAAUUAGAAUUUCUGUGUUCAUGUGCGAAUUGCCGAGAAUACUGACUGCUUGGUCAAUUUAAUUGCGUAUGUGAGMGAAUGCAAUAAAAAAGCAAAUGAUCAAAGUCAGUGGUGUAUAAAUGGAAAUCAAUGCUAAGAUUUACAAAAAACAAAAAAAAGUAAAAUAGCUCAGUAAACAAAACUAAAAAUCGCAAACUAAAUACAAACGCUACCAAAUCCAUAGCAAAGUUCGUUGCUUAAGUCUUUUAUAUUAGUAACAACCAAUAAUUACUAAAAAAUACAGUAAAAGUGCAUAAAAACGUGAAUUAAAUUGAAAAGAAUAUUGAUUUUGUGUGAAAAUGCGCMRCCAGCAGCGCUGCUGACWAAGUCAACAAAACGAAAACGCGCAAAACACCCGAGUGACUAACGAGACRCAAAAAUAAAUGGCGUUAACAAAUUUCUCGCURCCCUUUGGCGCACUGACGCAACAAGUGCCCACGUGGGGUGCCACCCURCCGCCGCUGCACCCCGCCCAUCAGCUAGCUGCUAACACCAACAAUUUACUCUACUCGCCGGCCGAUCAUCAGCAGCAGCAGGGCGACGACGCCGCACCGCCGCCGGAAUCAGAUUUCUACAAAAACAACCCGUAUGCGCCACCACAACUGCAUCAGCAGCAACAACCACAGCAGCCGAUACGUCAGUCGUAUCAAUACAAUAGCAACAACAACAAUCACAAUAUACAAAAUAAUAAUCGSCUGAAAAGCGGUAACACCUACUUGCCGCCCAUACCGCCGCCCGGUGCGCGCAACACACAAUUCAACAACCAAAAACAACAGCCGCAACAACAACAACARCAGCAGCUGCCACAAAAGCCGCAACAACAGCAUUAUAGUCAUUUCAGCAUAAAUCAACAACAACAACACCAACAGCAACAUCAGCAACAACAAAUCAAGGGCAACAAUGUCGCYUUCAAGGCAGCCACUUCCGUGUCCACCGUUGCUGCGGCAGGCUCUGCUGCCGCCACUUCUACCCGAACCUACGGCGAAGGUUCUUACAAUAAUUUUGGCGCUGCAGCAACGCAACAGCUCCGCCCUCAACAACAACAACAACAACAUCAACAAAAGCAAUUUUAUAAUUCCUAUAGUCAUAGCACUUCCUCAUUUGUUGCACAAUCACAGCAGAAGACUCAAACACAAACAAGCCAACAAAGCUAUGGCACUGCACCGGUGACCGAAGCACCGCAACCGGCAGCGGUUUAUGGUGCAGCACCAGUGCCAACGCUGCGCACCGUAGAUGAGGUGAAUGGUGGUGGCAAUGAUAGCGUUGGUGAUAUUGGUGGUGGUGAUAAUGGUGCCGUUGAUGAAUCGUAUCCACAUCGCCCACCSGGUUUCACGCGUGUUCAAGCUGGCCAGGGCACACGCACACAGGUGCAUGCAGUGCUCGAUUACGAUGUGGAGGAGGGCGAAGAGGAGGAAUACUAUGAUGAGGGUGAUAAAGAUGCCAAUAAAAAAUCACCAAUGCCCACAGUGACGCCAAUACAAGGGCCAAUAUUCCUGAAAAAUGGUACGGCGCCAGUGGUGCCGUUAUUUUCAUAUCCCACACUCAACAAUGGAUCUUUCGUACAAAUACCGAUCUGGUGGACUGCAUUGUCUGUUGCCUUGGGUCUAGAUGUGCGCGGUGAUAUAAUCAAAGGUGUGCCAUGCAUCAAACGUUACCAUCAAUUAUUCUGUCCGACGGCGGGCAACAGCUAUCCAAUUGAUAAAAUAGAACGCUUCAUCGAUGACAACAAGGCACUGAUGCGACGAAUGUAUGGUGACUUUGAGAUGAAUCUCGAGCCCGGCGGACCACAAUCACAAACAAAGAAACGCAAGCGAAGAUUUAUUGAUGAUCCCGACAUCUUCAUACCACCAGGCGCAUUUCCGGCAGUGGUACCAGAUGACGAGGGCAGCACAGAACCACAUGCUGAGGAAGCUGGCGAAAGUUACUUCGGCAAGUUGCGUAACAAGCGACAGGCGAAUCGGAAUGCGAAUAAAGCGAGCACGAACACGUUUGCGAAUGCGGGACAGAAUACGGGAAGAGUGGACGCUUGCGAGUCUAAGGUAGAGAUCGUCACGCCUUAUUGGGCCUCCAAUUCGGCGGGUAAAAUACGCGCCAUUGUCAAUACACAGCACUUUGAGCAGGCCAUACAUCAGGAGGUUUGCACCACGCCAGCAACAUCGCGCUGUGAUCGCGACUGCGGUUGUGAGCAAAAGUAUAAAUGGCAUCGUCUUCUAGCCUAUGAUCCGGACAAUGAUUGCAAGGGCAUCUUCAUGGACUGGUUCCUCUUUCCAUCGUGUUGCGUCUGCAGGUGUAAGCCAUAAGCAUUUUAGGAUUUUUGUGGAGCUCAAAAUGACAACGAAACCCAACAGUAGCUCUUAACAUUACAUUAGACUUAAGUCAAAUAAGUAAUCUACUUAGACUCGUAAGUGGCUAAGUUAUGAAAAAACUCUACACUUUUUUUAAAUCGAAUUAGUUAAUCAUUUUCAAAUUUUAAUACUACUCAAUUCGCGCACAUUUUUAGGUUAGGUUUAUGUGUAUAAGUGAGUUUUAACCGAAAGGUGUUGCAUGUUAAAAUUACAUUAUUAAGAUAUGGCAACUCUGCCAACAUGUUUAAGUACCAGCUAUAGUUCUGUACCCAUAAGUUACUUGCUUAAAUUAGUAGCUAAAAAAAUAUUAGUUGUUUUGAAAAUUACUUUACCAUCAAUAUUAUUAACUAACUUUUAAGUAAUGAUAAUUAAAUAAUUUGUUUCCAAAUAUUUCGAGGUGUUCAUUUUGCUAUUAGAACUUAAAUUUUCAAAAUAUUAUUGGAUCUUUCUUGAAUUGACAAUUUUGAUUUUUGCGAACUCUUUAGUUCUAGCAAACAUUUGCAUAUUAAAAUUAAUAAUUGUUUGAAAAUUUUUAUUAAAAAAUGUAGGAAUGGUAAUAUUAAACACAAAUGUACUUUGUAAUAGAUAUGUAUAGAGGUAUGUAUUAGUAUGUGUAGCAUCAAAUUAUAUGAAGAAUUUUUCGAACAUAAAAAUCAGU